AUGGGUUGUUGUUAUUCAAGAAUAGAGAGGCAAGAAAUGGUGUCAAGAUGCAAGGCUAGAAGGAAGUACAUGAAACAGUUUGUGAAAGCCAGACAAGCUUUGUCAGCAGCUCACAGUAUGUAUCUCCGCUCACUCAGAACAACCGGCUCCGCCCUUCUCCAGUUCGCCACCGGCGAGACUAAUCUUCAUUUCCAUCAAAACACCCACCAACAACACCAUCUUCCUCCACUGCCACCUCUGACUCCUUCACCACCCCCGCCUCCUCCAAUGAGCACCACAUCCGAAGCAACAACAACGAGCUCCUCCGCCGUCCACCCACCACCGCCACCACCUCCGUUGACGCCGCCGUCUUCAUCUGGGUGGGAUUUCUGGGACCCUUUCAUGCCGUAUGCAGGAAGAUCAGUGGAUGAGGAGGAAUGGGAGGAGACAACCACCGGUUCUGAAGUGGCCAGUGUGCCGGCUGGCCCUCCGUCCGUCAUUGGUGGCUUUCCCAAGUACACCACCGCCAGGUCCACCACAACCACCGUCAGUAGUGAACUUGCUGUAGUCCCCACCACCAAAAGUAAAGAUCUAGUUGAGAUCGUGAAAGAGCUUGAUGACUAUUUUCUCAAGGCAGCUGAUGCCUGUGCUCCAGUCUCCCUUAUAUUGGAGAUCCCAACUUCUAAUUUCACUGACCAAAGAUCUUUUUGUAAGGAUUACAAGUACGGCAAGAGUUUGAGCCCCUCAUUGUGGAGAUGGGGUUCGAGCAGUGCAUUUGGGAAGUACUGUGAGGAUCCAGUUGGAAAUAAUAUGGGUUGUAUUGGCAUUGAUGGCAAUACCUCUAAUUGUUCAACAGUGGAGAAGUUGUAUGCUUGGGAAAAGAAACUCUACCAGGAGGUUAAGAAUUCUGAGACUAUGAAAUUAGAGCAUGAGAAAAAAGCUGCUUACCUGAGGAAGCUGGAGAUGAAGAGGGCCGACUAUGUUAAGACUGAGAAAGCCAAAAAAGAGGUUGAGAAGUUGGAGUCACACAUUUUGGUAGCUUCACAUGCCAUUGAGACUACUUCUGCUGAAAUUGUCAAAUUGAGGGAAUCGGAGCUCUAUCCGCAACUUGUUGAGCUCGUAAAGGGGUUGAUGAACAUGUGGAGAAGGAUGUAUGAGUGCCAUCAAGUUCAAACAGACAUAGUCCAGCAGCUCAAGUACCUCAACUGUAUUCCGUCUACUGAUCCUACUUCUGAAAUUCAUCGACAAGCAACUCUACAACUUGAGGUUGAAGCUCAACAGUGGCACCUCUCCUUCUGCAACCUCGUGAAAGCGCAACAUGACUAUAUUCAGUCCCUCACUGGCUGGCUCCGCCUUAGCCUUUUUGAAGUAUGCAACAAACCAGUUCAAAGAACUGUGCAAGACUCGGCCAUUUACUCCCUUUGUGAUGAUUGGCAGCGUGCAAUCACAAAUGCUCCAGAUAAAGUUGCGUCGGAGGGAAUUAAGAGCUUCCUAGCAGUGAUCCAUGCCGUUAUAGAGAAACAAGCUGAAGAGCAAAAGCAAAAAAAGAGGGCAGAAUUAGCUUUCAAAGAGCAUGAGAAGAAGGUACUUGAGCUUAGAACACUCGAGUGCAAGUAUGGUCCUUAUGCAAUGUCUGAAAUCUGUAGUGAUUUAAGUAAGAAUCCAGUGAGAGAAAAACAAGCAGCCAUGGAGGCUUCAAGGGCAAAGGCUGAGGAUGAAAAGGCCAUGUACGAAAAAUCAAUCAGUGUUACUAGACAUUUGAGUUGGUGCAAAACCGGACCAAAAGCACUGAUGAUCACAACAGCAUGA